AUGUCCUCCUCAGAUCGAACGAAGCACCAACCGAUUGACCCCUCGGUCCUCCCCUUGAUGGACCCGCAAUAUGUAAAGUUCCACAACGAACACGUGAUAUACAUGCCCAAAACGGAGGACACGCCGUACUCGCCCUCGAUCCGCGCCGCUGCGAGCAAAGGCUUGAUGCCCGGAUCGUCUCACAUUAGGAAAGUGGCCAAGACGGAAGAGUUCGUCAUUGGUCUCGAGAAUAUCAAGGUCAGGGCUUGGACACCACUGGGUGAAGUCCCUGCGGAAGGAUGGCCGGUUCUGCUUUGGUGAGUCAAACUCAGAUUCAACGCAUCCACUUUCGGAAAGCGGACGACAUAUCAUAUCUUGACAUAUCUUGUCGUGUGAAAUAGGUUCCAUGGAGGUGCGUAUAACACCAACUUGGUAUGACUCGUUGUGCUACCCACGGUAUCCCCGACUUUGCUCGGCUCCUGAUCGAUGUACCCAAAAAUCUUGACUCGUCACAGGAGGAUGGGUUCUCGGCGGCCUCGACAGUGAAAACCACAUCUGCACAGCCAUGACGCAAGGUGAGGAAUCAGCACAAUUGUAAACAAGUUUCCAUGAAAGUUCUCAUGUCUCUGCAUCCCUCCUCGAUUCUCGUCAUCGUGACUCUUUCAGAUGCCAAAUGCGUUACCAUCACGGUCGACUACCGCCUCGCCCCUGAACACCCCUGGCCCGCAGCGGUUCAUGAUGCGGUUAAUGCACUGCAGUGGGUCGUUGGCGAAGGUUGUACCAAGCUCAACUUGAACAGCUCUCGAAUUGCCACCGGUGGCUUUUCUGCGUGAGUUACCGAAAUAGUCCUGUUUCUAGAAGGGAGGCUGAGAUAAUUUCUCCCCCGGACCGGACAGAGGAGGGAACCUCUCCGCGAUACUAUGCAACAGGGCUCCCAAACUCUCCCCGCCAAUCAAGAUCUCCUUCCAAUUGCUCAACACGCCCGUCGUCGACUCUUCCAUCAAAGAGUACACCAUCAACACCAACGCGCCGUGGUUAUCCCCCGACCGAAUGAUGUGGUACCGUCGCUUGUACCUCCCCAACGAAGCGGACUGGUCCCACCCCGAGGCUUCGCCCUACUAUGCACCCGACUCAGAAAUCGCUCUAGUGCCUAAAACAUUCAUCGCUGUAGCAGGUCAGGACAUCCUCGCGCCGGAGGCGUUGAAGUAUGCGGAGAAGUUGAAGAGUUUGGUGAAAGGCACGAGAUUGCUCUCGAGCCUCACUGAUUCCGAGUCCAAACAGAAAGGAUCAAACGGUGUAAUUCGCAGGCGAAGAAAGACUACUAAAAGGACUAAGGUCAAGAGACGCGGCGGCGCCGCGCGCGAGGGCAAGCGUGAGGCCGCAGAGGUUGGCUCGAGGUCGUCGUGAGGCGUAAGCGGAGCGGCGCCUUACAUUUGGGCGUCGAGGUAGAGACUUGGGUCGUGGAGGGGGCGACGCAUUCGGUGAUGAAUCUUGAGGAUGUGAUGGAUAGUGCGAAGGAUUUGAUUCGGAGGGAGGCCGAGGCUUUGAACGAGGGGUUUCAAUCCUAG